AUGCCUCGUUUCAGUAGUGCACGUGGUGAAACCGAGCGCGUUGUACAGAGAUUCGAGUUUAUAAAGAAAGGAUUCGCGCAGUUUCAAAAAGCAUUAACCGAAAUAGAUCGUACCAGCCCGCGCGAUAUAGUGAAAUUAAAGAUUAGAAAUUCCAAAAUCGAUAAUAAUUUGGCAACAUUAGAGGAGAUGGUAGAAAAAACUUCCGGUAAAGCGAUAGGAACGCUGGUUGACGAAAAUCUUAAUCAUAUCAAGGCAGUCAUCGAUGUUAAGGCGGAAGCGGAAUUAAUUAUUAAUAGAGUUGAAUCGGUAGCCACCCAAGAUACAAAUUCGCCUGCCGCGAGUCUGCUGUCUCCGGUUAGCACUACGGUUAGCAGUCCGUYCGUAGAUAGUAUUUACAGAAUACUGGCGGUGCAAUUACCUCGAUUUGACGGGCAGCAUGAGGAAUGGCCGAGUUUCGCGGACACGUUUCAAUCUGUGAUAGGAAAUAAUCCCGCACUUCGGGAUAUACAAAAGUUUGCAUAUUUGAAAUCAUACUUAUCGGGACCGGCCGCGGAGAAAAUAAGAGCUCUGGAAAUUAUCACGCAUAAUUAUCCGAUAGCGUGGAUGACAUUAGUCGAUUGCUAUGAUAAUCCGUUAAUACUGAUAAAUAAGCACGUGCGAGCUAUCUUGGAGGGUCCCCCGAUGGACAGUGAAUUUCCCUCGUCUUUAAUUGCCGCGUCCGAUGCACAACGGGGAAAUGCGCUAGUAAGCGCCACGCCGGCAGAAAGGCCGAAAAAGAUUGAUUAUAGUAGAAGGAAUGCGCUGGCAAGUCCUGAUAGGAAUUUUCGUUCGAGGAAGUCUAUGCGUAACGAGCCGCGUUGUAAUUCUCCACGAAAUUGGCCGCGAAGUACCGACCAAAGACAAGUUCAAGUUUAUUUCUCGAGUGCAACCAUCUCGUGUGGCAUAUGCCGCGAGAAGCAUCAUCCAUCGGAGUGUGAGCUGUUACACAGGGCCGAGCCUAUAGAGCGCAAAAGAAUCGUAGUUAGCGCCAAUUUGUGCAUGAAUUGUUUUCAAGCUGAUCAUCAAGUUUUCACAUGUAAGAAAGACCGCUGCAGAAAGUGCAAAGGCAGGCAUCAUGAGUUAUUACAUGUGAACAAGGCUGCCGCAGAAAGUGCAAAGGCAGGCAUCACGAGUUAA